UGUUGUUGUUGUUGUUCUUGUUGUUAUUAUUGUUGUUACCGGUUUGGUUGGUUGGAAGAGGGACAGAGACAACAGCGCGACAAAAUGAUGUACUCACCGGACAAGAUGAUGAGCAGCAAGGGCCUGCACGGCUCGCCGAUCUCGGCGCCCGGCUGCUUUCCAUCGGGCAGGUACUCGCCGCCGGCGUAUCGCGCGGCGCCUGAUCCCAUGGCCCCACCACCACGCCGUUGUAUGCCGAACCCCACGAGCCGGAUACUAGAAGAUGCUUCUAUUAUGUGCAAUUCUUGGUCACCAAGGCACAACGGUGACAUAUUCGGCGGAUUGAACAGCGUCCAGGACAACCUGCUGUCGAGAGCGGAGGCACUGGCCGCGGAUCUGGGCAAGCACAACGGCGGCACGCCAAUGCCUCUGAAGCACGACCCCGUCUCGGUGUACCACCACGGUGCCCACAUGCCAGCACCCCAUCCGAACAACCGGCCGCACCACCAGAUGAGCCACCCGGGAAUGGAAUCUCUGGACAUGCUGGAUCCAGCCAACUCAAUGACGACCCUGACGCCCAUGUCAGAGGGCGCCACAGUCGGAGGCGGUGGUGGCGCCACGAGCAACAAUCCCGGCCACCACGGUGGCAUCCACGGACCAAGCAUGUACGGCACCAUGAACGGCAUGAUGGGCCACCACCACCACCACCACCACCACGGACAGAUCGGCGGUAGCGCACCCCACCCCCACCACCACCCCGCGAUGGCAGCGGCAGCAGCCGCGGCCGCGGCGGCGGGCCUCCAUCCGGACGCGGACACGGACCCCCGCGAGCUCGAAGCCUUUGCGGAACGGUUCAAGCAGCGGCGCAUCAAACUCGGCGUCACUCAAGCCGACGUUGGCAAGGCCCUGGCUAACCUCAAACUACCAGGGGUCGGCGCCCUCUCCCAGUCGACGAUAUGUCGCUUCGAGUCGCUGACUCUGUCGCACAACAACAUGAUCGCCCUGAAGCCCAUCCUGCAGGCCUGGCUCGAGGAGGCCGAGGCCCAAGCGAAGAACAAGCGCCGGGACCCGGACGCGCCCUCUGUCUUGCCGGCCGGCGAGAAGAAGCGCAAGCGCACGAGCAUCGCCGCGCCGGAGAAGAGGUCGCUUGAGGCGUACUUCGCGGUCCAGCCGCGGCCGUCGGGGGAGAAGAUAGCGGCGAUCGCCGAAAAGCUCGACCUGAAGAAGAACGUCGUGAGGGUGUGGUUCUGCAACCAGCGCCAAAAACAGAAGCGCAUGAAAUUCGCCGCCCAGCAUUGA